CGUGCGCCGGGCGAUCCGUGCCGCGUCCUCGAACGUCGUCACGGCCUCGCGGAGAUCGUCGAGCGUGGCGUCGGGGUCCCUGUAGAACGCCUCCGCGUAACACCCCCUCAUCCUAAACGUCGUCUCAUGCGACGGUCCGAGAACACGCUGCGCCACGGGUAUUGCUUUUUUCAGCAACGGCUUGGCUUCUCCAUAGCGCUCUAAACGAGCAAGGGCCGACGCGUAGCCACAGGUUGCUCGGAGGGUGAGACGCCAUCGCCGCGACGCGUCGACACAAAACCGUGCAUCACACAGGCGCCGACGGGCGAGGGCGCGCGGCGCGACACGGAGCACACGUUCUCGUACGUCGUGAACGGCAUCCCCGACGGCACGUUCCAGGCCGACACGACGAAGCUGAUUCUGCAGAACGCGAUGGCUGAUGUGAUUCCCAUCGUCGAGUCGCCGGACCAGGUCGUGCGCGCGGAGCUGCUGCCCGUCGACGCCCGUCGUAGAUUGCAGGCGGACCCGACGUCGCACCGCGUCCUGUCCACCAUCUUAAUGGGCGACCCGUUCAAGACCUGCGGCGAGGUCGGGUUCACUUCUGCCCAAGCGUGCCUGGACGGCGUCGGCCACGUGCCGCCGUCGCUCGUCGAGUCCAUGGACGAGGCCAUCGCGGACGGGUCCUUCAAGGAGCGCCUCCUGUACUGGGCGAACUUCUACAACGCGGCCUGGCCCGACGACAUUACCAUAGACGGCGUCGAGUGCACGCCCGACGACGAGCAGGCCGAGUGCCCGAACGAGGACGUGCAGCCGAACCCGCCCUUCUGGGACUUCGCGGGCCCGCGGCCCACGGUCAGCCCGGCGCCGUCGUCGUCGCCGGCGCCGUCGUCCUCCCCGGCGCCGUCGUCCUCGCCCGCGCCGACGGCGACGCCCGUGCCCACGUCGAGCCCGGCGCCGACGUCGUCGCCCGCGCCAUCGACGGCGCCGACGAUGACUGCUGCGCCGACGUCCUCUCCGGCACCGACCGCGUCGCCCGCGCCCUCGUCGAGCCCGGCGCCGUCCUCGUCGCCCGCGCCGACGUCUUCUCCUGCUCCUACCGCGACGCCGGUGCCGACGACCGAGGUGCGCCCGCGCGGCAGCAAGAAGAAGAAGAAGAGCGACAAGCUCUCGACGGGCGAGAUCGUGGCCAUCGUCGUCUGUGCUAUCCUGGCCUUCCUCAUCUGUUUGCUCUGCUGCCUCUACUACAAGCAGCGCGAGCGCAAGAACACGGAGCGCAAGGACUCGUGGGACAUCUCGACCAUGUUCUCGGGCGAGGAGCACCUAAUCCUCGCGCGC